ACUUCAAUUUAGUUUAGUAAAUUAGAACCGGUCCUAAAGCCUCAAUUAAGGCUGAACAAUAGAAAAAGUCAUAACGUUUCAUACUACGAGUAUAAAAAAUGAGGGAGUAGUAAUAUGGUUUUCUCAGUUCUCACUCUAGUUAGACAAUACAUUAGUAAUUUACAGAAAUACCCUCACUAGGCAUUCUCACAAUCUCAUAUGGGCAUUUUGGUCAUUUUCGUUUCCUACUAUUCCUCACUUAACCCAAACCAAAAAGGUCAAAACCAAAGAAAAAUAAACAAAAACAGAAAAACAAGAAGAGAGAGAAAGAAAGAAAAACGAAAACAAACGGCACCGCCGCCGGAAACUCGGAUAACAACUACUCACUUCACCACCUUCUUCUUCCUCCUCCUUCUUCCUCACCCACGUGUCCCUUCUUCCUCCCAUUUCCCAAUACUGUAUUUUCUCUCUCCUCAUUUUUUAUUCAUUUUUUUUGGUUUUUCUCAGAUAAAAAUUCCAUCUUUCACAAAAAAAUUCAAUCUUUUCUCUGUUUUCAAGCUUAACAACAAUGGCGGAAGUGGACCCAUCUGAACAACCCCACCAUAGCCAACGCCGGCGAGUUCAAUCCUUCACUUCUCUCUCUUCCAUGUUCUUUGCUGGGUUUGAAAGCCCAACUCAUCCUUCGCUUCCUUCUCUCUCAGAUUCUGAACCCGAUUCUUGCGAUUUGGACCCCAACCCGAACCCGAUUUUUGAACCUGAUGAAGAAGAUGUUCGUCAGCAUCAUCAGCGGUAUGAUCAGGUGAGCUUUGAUUCGAACUUGUUUCAGCGUAGUUCUUCUCAGAACGCGUUUAUUUCUGAUGCUGGAAUUGGGUUGAAUUUGGGGUUGGGAACCGGGUCGGGUCACCCGAAUUGUGGGAAUUUGGGUGAAGGUGAGAGGAUUAAUGGGUUGAGUGAUGAUAAUAAUAAUGGGGUUGAUUUAGAAUUAGGGUUAGGGUUAGGUGUUGUUGAUGUUGGUUGUCGUUCUAAUCAUGUUUCUCCAAUGAAUGAAGAAACGCAGCGUUUUGAGGGUUUGCGUGUUGUGAAUAUUGAUGAUUCUGAUUCUGAUUCAGAUUCUGAGAAUGGUGAUCAUCGGAAUCGAGGGUUUGGUGGGGUUAGUGAUUUUGAUCGUCCGCCGUAUUGCUGGGAUUAUCUGGGGUUUAAUAAUGGAAAUCGUAGCGAAAAUGUUGAGAUUCAAGAGCCAGAACCUGAUGUUGUUAGUGUUGUGAAUGAUAAUUUUGAUGGGUUUUUUGUUGAAGAAGAUGUUAUUGUUAUUGAUGAUGAUGAUGAAGAAACACCAAUUCAGCUGGAUACUGAUGUAUCGAAUGUGUUCGAUACUUAUCAAAUGAGGGCGGAACAGCAGGAGAUUGCUAUUGAAUCUGAUACUGAUGAGGGGGGAGAACUCGGUGUAGAGGAAGCGAUUCGUGAUUUGGAGUGGGAAAUCUUGUUAGCUGUUAAUAAUUUCAAUAGAGAGGUUUAUGAUAUGGACUUCAAUGUGGAUAUGUACGAGGCAAUUCUCGGUGAGGUGGAGGAGCGUAUGAACGAAUGGAGGGGAAGUCCUCCGGCUGCUGACUCCGUUAUUGAUAACCUUCCGAGUGUUUUAUUGUCUUGUGAAGGUUUGGGGGAGGGUGAGGUGGUUUGUGCAAUAUGUAAGGAUGGAGUUUCAGGGGAGGAAGUGGUGAAGCAGCUUCCUUGCUUGCAUUAUUACCAUGGGGAUUGUAUAGUUCCAUGGUUGAGAAUGCGAAACACUUGUCCUGUUUGUCGGCAUGAGCUGCCUACUGAUGAUGCUGAGUAUGAGUACAGGAAGAGGGAAAGGGAGAUGGAAGAAGGGCUGAAUGUUGAUGCUAAUGAAGUUUUGUCGCGGGAUUCACAGGUUAGACUUGAUUUCCAUGUGUUUCUUUGAUCUCCAUGUAUGAUGUUGAUGAAUGUUGGUGUCUUGAUAAGUGUCGGAUGCCUCCAUUGUUUUAUUGGAGCUAAUUGAAUGUCAUAUAGUCAAUGCAACAGAACAAAUUUAGCUGGAUCAUUCUGGUGCAAAUUCAAGCAACUGUAAUUUAAAAUCAAAAUUCGAAAAUUGUACAGUAUAUAUGUUGUAAAUUAUGGCGCAAGUAUUUAGAAUUUCGUGCCGUUGUUGGUAUCUUUCUUGCUGCCCUCUAUGAUUUGCUUGUAUGAUGUGGCUAAGUUGUAAAUAUAGCACAACUGCACAAGUAUAAAAAGAUCAUGUGGUGUUGUAGAUUUA